CUGUGACUGUGCCUGCGAGUGGGAAUGUCAAUGCGCGUACGCGCGGAGAGUCAGUGUUUUUCCGAUUCCUGAGUGCGGCUGCAGCAGGCAAAGUCGUGCGACAUUUUAGCAACGAAUUCAAGUGCAACGAAAUGCAAGAACUGAAAAUAAACCAAAGUAUGGCGCUCAAGUAAAACACAUACAAAGUUGACGACAACCUAACAAACAGGAAGCCUCCAAUUUUGACAACUUGACCUACCAAACAGGGCCUCAACCUAAUCAAGAUGACGGAGCAAAAGAAUCAAGUGACCCGCGCAGCGCCGGAGCAGAGCAACGACUAUCGCGUUGUGGUCUUUGGCGCUGGCGGCGUUGGCAAAAGUUCACUGGUGUUGCGUUUCAUAAAGGGCACGUUUCGCGAGAGUUAUAUACCCACCAUUGAGGACACCUACAGGCAGGUGAUAAGCUGCAAUAAGAACAUUUGCACAUUGCAAAUCACGGAUACGACAGGAUCACAUCAGUUUCCGGCUAUGCAGCGAUUGUCCAUCUCCAAGGGCCACGCAUUCAUUUUGGUCUAUUCCGUGUGCUCGAAACAGAGCCUAGAGGAACUGCGACCUAUUUGGGCGCUAAUCAAGGAGCUAAAGAGUGAUGUGAACUCCAUACCCGUCAUGUUGGUGGGGAAUAAAUGUGACGAAAGCACCGAGCUGCGCGAGGUCUCGCAAAUUGAGGGACAGGCACAGGCGACCACUUGGAGCAUAUCCUUUAUGGAGACAUCGGCCAAAACCAAUCACAAUGUGACCGAGCUGUUUCAGGAGCUGCUCAACAUGGAAAAAACACGCACCGUCUCCUUGCAGCUAGACACGAAAAAGCAAAAGAAGCAGAAAAAGGAAAAGAAAUGCAAGGAGACAAAUGGCGCCAUACCGGAGAACGGCGAGGCCAGUGCCAGUGGUGCCGGUGUGAAGGAGAAGUGCGGCGUUAUGUAACGAGUUGGCAAGCAACAUUGGUGACAGACAAAUACUCGCAUGGGGACAGUGGCAGUACUCGAAAUGCAUCC